GUGCAGUCUUCGGUCCAGCGGAGUUGUCCGUCUUUUUCUAACAUUUCUCCGUCCAGGAAUACAAAAGUGAUGCUUCACUGUGACCGGCCGCAUACAGAGGCAGAGGAGGACCAGCGGUGACAACUUUAUAUCGCACUCUCUCUUUUCCCGGGAGUAUAUUCUUCUUUUCUCUCUCUUUCGGCUCGAAAAAGAAGACGCGGUGUUUUGCGUCCUUCAGUAAUGUCGGACCACUUUUAAAAACUUUUCCAUGCCGGAGAGGAAACAUUUCGGAGUGUUUUUUGCUACUUUUUCCCGGUGAGGAUUGUGAACUGUCGUGUUUCGGUACAGGAAUGAGUGGUUUUUCGCCGUAGCUCCAUGUAAAUCUUUUCAGUCGUCCAGCUCUUCGUCCAGCGGACUGUGCCGCUGCUACUGGAUAUACGAGGACUGUUUUUGCGCAGUAAUUUGGUGUAAAUGGAUCGCCAGUCCAGUUUCAUUUCCAUUUGGCUACAACUGGAGCUCUGUGCCAUGGCGGUUCUUCUUACUAAAGGAGAAAUAAGGUGUUACUGUGACGCGCCGCACUGCGUAGCCACCGGAUACAUGUGCAAGUCAGAACUGAACGCCUGCUUCACCAAGGUCCUGGACCCGCUCAACGUAAACUCCCCCCUCACCCAUGGGUGUUUAGACCCCAUCGUCAACGCGGCGGACAUCUGCAGCAGCAGCUCCAGGAGCGCUGACGCCCUCAGCGGGGCCUCCACGCUGGAGUGCUGCCACGACGACAUGUGCAACUACAGAGGCCUGCACGACCUGGCGCACACCCGGGACUCAACAGAUCAUAGCCGGUACCAGCCGGACAGCAACAACAGGAACCUGGUGACCCGGGUUCAGGAGCUGGCCUCGGCCAAGGAGGUGUGGUUCCGGGCGGCGGUGAUUGCCGUCCCCAUCGCCGGCGGUCUCAUCCUGGUGCUGCUGAUCAUGCUGGCGUUGCGAAUGCUGCGAAGCGAGAACAAGCGGCUGCAGGACCAGCGGCAACAGAUGCUGUCGCGGCUCCACUACAGCUUCCACGGCCACCACACCAAGAAGGGCCACGUGGCCAAGCUGGACCUGGAGUGCAUGGUGCCCGUCACGGGCCACGAGAACUGCUGUCUGACCUGCGACAAGAUGAGGCAGGCCGACUUGGGCAAUGACAAGAUCCUGUCUCUGGUGCACUGGGGGAUGUACAGCGGCCACGGCAAGCUGGAGUUUGUAUGAUUCCUGCUGGGAACUAUGUGACUGUCACCUCCUGACAAAACAGCCAGGACUGCCCCUCAAUCGUUGGCGUUUGCUUUUUACCUUAAAAAGACAUUCCCAUGUGUUUUCGUCUGUCAGACUGUUGGGUUUGCGCUUUCAGUUCUUUUUAACCAGUGGCGAAAAAAUACGAGACUGAUCUCAUGCCGUGUGGUUUUUGCUAGAGGAGCACUUUACUUGAAAAUGAAAGGCAAAGCAACGAGGAGCUGUAUUUAAACUUGAGAGGGCAGGACUGAGGUGGAGUGAGAGCUCUGUCACUGCUCCUCCUGAGGAUCCUGGACUUUUAACACUGAGCGCUGAAGGAUUCCAAAUCUGUCUUAUUUGCACAUUUGUAAAAAAAAAAAAAAAAAAAAGUUGUCGUUGCUUAAAAAAACAAGAAUUUUACACUGACACCAGGGUACAAAAAGAACUUGCUUGAGGAGAAAAAAAAUUCAGUGUUUGACUGUAGGUGUACACACUCCUCUGUGUACGUUUCAUGAUGACGAGCUUAUUGUAAAGAUUUUAAAUAUAUAUAUAUAUUUUUGUCUGAUAAAACUGACCGGUGUGUGUCUUGUUCUGGGUGAAUGUCCAACAUCUCUCUCUGUGAUCAGACUAUAAGCUUGAUUGUGAGUGUGAAAGAAAAACUUCCAUUAAAAUGACUUUUUAUUUA